UUCGACUUUAUCUUCCGGAAAAAAAUAGAGCUAAAAAUUUGGAUUCCUGCUGGCUACUCUUCCAUUCCCCCCCUCUUCUUUUUAACCUUUUCAAUCUUUGGAGGGAAAUAUUUUUCGUUCAAACACCAAAUUGAGCAUCUUGUGUCGCUGGUAAAAAAUCUAAUUCUUCAUUUCCCUGCUUCACUCGCUUCUUCUUCCCAUCUGAGUUCCCUAGAUUUUCAUGGUUUAUUGGUUUAUGUUGUGGUCAUUUUGAGUUUAAACUUUAGUUCGAAUUCCUCAAUGAUAAAGCUUCUGUAGCGUGGACUCUGCUGUCGUUGGAUAAAACAUCUGUAGCGUGGACUCUGCUGUAGUUAGAUAUGCAGACUAAGAAAAAAUUUAAUGGAAGAUAUCCGCGAGAGCUGGCUAGUCCAAAGAUUUCAAGGCAGCUGCGAAUAACGUCUGAGAAUGGGGAAACUGAGGCAAAGCAAGUUAAGGAACUUAUAACAUCUUCAGUAAGGAAGCAAAAAUCAGGAAGCAAUUUUUCGAAAAAGAUUGAGAAUCAUGUUGUCGGUACAGAUUUGGGUAUAAGGUUUGGGUUGGUGGCUGAUGAUACUUCUGGUUCUUCAGACACACAUGAAGUUGUUCAUGAUUGUAACACCAUUACUAUUAAUAAGGACUAUGAGGUUGAAAGUGAUAGUUGCAGAAGUGAUACAAUAUUUUCACCCACUUUCCAUAUAUCCAGAAGUGUUGGAGGGGAAAUUUCGAACCGAGCAGACUUCCUCAAAUUCUUCCAGCAAGCAGACCAGUCAUUGCAGGAGCCUGGAAAAGAAAAUAUAGGGGUUGAUAUGCUGACAGGUCAUUUUGUGCUAGACGAGUCUACAGAUUUAGGGGACGAGCAUAUGUCAUCUGAAGUUUCAGAUAUGCAUCUCUCUGUCAGAGAUUCGAAACUGGAAUGCAUUGAUGAGUUUAAUCAAGUUCAGUUGCCUGCUGAUGUUAAUAUGGAGGAAGAGGAAAGUGAAGAGUUUGAUGACUUUGAUCCAUAUUUUUUCAUAAAGAAUUUGCCAGACCUGUCCUCAGUUGUUCCAACAUUUCGGCCUAUAUUGUUGCCUAAACAGACACGGAGUUGUCCAUCAGCCACUCUUGUUUUGGACUUGGAUGAGACCUUGGUGCACUCUACACUUGAACCUUGUGAUGAUGCAGAUUUCACAUUCUCAGUGAAUUUCAACCUGAAAGAUCAUACCGUAUAUGUUCGAUGUCGUCCUCAUCUCCGAGAUUUUAUGGAUAGAGUAUCCAGCCUAUUUGAGAUUAUCAUAUUUACUGCAAGCCAAAGCAUUUAUGCUGAGCAGCUUUUGAAUGUGCUUGAUCCAAAGAGAAAAGUCUUUAGGCAUCGUGUUUACCGUGAGUCUUGUGUAUUUGUUGAUGGUAAUUAUCUUAAAGAUCUGUCUGUUCUUGGCCGUGAUUUAGCACAUGUGAUUAUCAUCGACAACUCUCCUCAGGCAUUUGGAUUCCAGGUGGACAAUGGUAUUCCAAUUGAGAGCUGGUUUGAUGACCGUUAUGACAAAGAGUUACUCUCAAUCCUCCCAUUUCUGGAAAGCUUAGUUGGAGUUGAAGAUGUUAGACCGAUUAUUGCAAGCAAAUUCAACCUUCGCGAAAGAAUUGCUGCUGCUGCUGCUUGUCCUUUCAACUCUAUUAGAGGAGAUGCGUUUGAGAGAUAAAGUUCUGUGUCCGUAUAGAUUUAGUCUUGGGUGACUUGAAUUUUUUAUUUCAAUGGCUCUAGAUGAGUUAACGGAAUCGGUUCUAAGGUACCUUUGUGAAUGCCAGUUUCCUAGAGAGGCUGGUUUCUAAUGUUGCUUAAUUUAUGUAAUUCUCAUUUGUCUUGUAAUGGUGCCAUGACGAAGCUCUGAGGUUGGAGGAAACCCCCUCAAUAAGUUUGUGUCUGAAACCUUCUGAUCAAUCUCCGAACAUUAGCUGUUCAAAUAUUCAGUUGCAAGUUUUCUUUCCUCA